AUGACCGGAAUAAAGGUGAGCCCUCAGAAGGAAGUUCACGUCCCACUACAGCCAUCAAAUGAACAACAAGAACUUGACAUACCGGGACGCCUGAGGAACAAACCUCAUCGACAAGAGUUGCUGAGACAUCCUUACACGGAAAACUCUUAUGCGCUGGAAUAUUCAAUGGAAUACACCGACCGUUUUGUGGAAUUUAUGAAAAAAUUUGGUAAAACUUACAAGGAUGACGCAGAAAUGCUGAGGAGAUUCAAAAUUUAUGAGAAGAAUAUGCGAGAAAUUUCGGAAAUGAACAGGCACAAAUUUUUUUACUGCCCUAUUAUUAACCUAAGCUUCUCCAGAAACGGCCAAUCCAAUGCCCAAUUCGGAGAGAAUGAUCUGAGCGAUUGGACUGAUGAAGAAUUCAGGAAGACACUUCUACCGCUAACAUUCUACAAGAAACUACGUGAAGAAGCUACUUUCAUACGGAAUGAUCCUCCCAAACCUGAACGAGCAGUUCCUGCUCCAGACUUUUUCGACUGGAGAGCAAGAAAUGUAGUGAGUCCGGUGAAGGCACAAGGAAAUUGUGGCUCGUGCUGGGCAUUCGCAGCCACUGCCACGGUGGAAGCAGCAUGGGCUAUCGCUCAUGGCGAAAUGCGAACUCUAUCUGAACAGACACUUCUCGACUGUGAUUUCGACGACAAUGCUUGUGAUGGUGGAGACGAAGACAAGGCAUUCCGGUCUGUCAAUGAUGCGCUUCUUACAUAUUCAAGCUUAUUUAACACUUUGUACUCAUAUAUUAAACUACGUGAAGAAGCUACUUUUAUUCGAAAUGAUCCUCCCAAACCUGAACGAGCAGUUCCUGCUCCAGACUUUUUCGACUGGAGAGCAAGAAAUGUAGUGAGUCCGGUGAAGGCACAAGGAAAUUGUGGCUCGUGCUGGGCAUUCGCAGCCACUGCCACGGUGGAAGCAGCAUGGGCUAUCGCUCAUGGCGAAAUGCGAACUCUAUCUGAACAGACACUUCUCGACUGUGAUUUCGACGACAAUGCUUGUGAUGGUGGAGACGAAGACAAGGCAUUCCGAUACAUCCAUCGACACGGGCUCGCUUAUACCGCCGAUCUACCCUACGUAGCUCACCGACAGAAUACUUGUAGAGUCGAUGGAAAUGUUACCAAAAUCGAGGUAGCUUACUUCAUCCAUCCUGAUGAGCAGUCUAUAAUUGAUUGGCUAGUAGGAUAUGGUCCAGUCAACAUCGGUAUAGCAGUCACACCUGAUAUGAAACCUUAUAAAGGUGGUGUUUUUACACCAAACGCUGAUGACUGUAAGCACAAGGUGGUCGGACUUCAUUCGCUAAUGAUUACCGGCUACGGUACAACAGAAGCCGGAGAGAAAUAUUGGAUUGUAAAGAACAGUUGGGGUAAUACGUGGGGUGUUGAACAUGGCUAUGUGUAUUUUGCUCGAGGUAUUAAUGCAUGUGGUAUUGAAGAUGAACCUAUAGGUAUAUUAGCAUAA